UCCAUGCGUGAAUCCAAGUCCACAUGACCAGAGCUAUGAGCCUCAAUUCUCCACAUCCAUCACGAUCUUUCAAGCUUGGAGAGAGACAAUGGUUGGGAAGUGAAACAUGAAGGAAUGCAAGAACUUGAUGUUCCAUGGCCUGUCAUUGUGCUUACCAUGCUUUUUCACCUUCACUAUACUGGGAUUUCCCCAUCACCAACACCACCAUGGCCAAGCUUUCCACAAGAUCCAAACCUUUUCUACUUUCCUCCAUUGCCAACACUACUAGAGCUUCCUUCAACACCCUCGUUUCUCAGGCAGUUAGGCAUUUGGUUCCUCCAGCAAGAUUUGAGGCUUCAAAGCUAAAAGUUGUUUUAAUGGGAGAAGAGAUGAAUGAAUACUCUGGAGUUAUCCCAAGAACUUACAUCCUAUCUCACUGUGACUUCACAGCAAACCUAACCUUGACCAUCUCCAAUGUAAUCAACCUUGAUCAGUUGAGAGGGUGGUAUAGCAAAGAUGAUGUGGUUGCUGAGUGGAAGAAAAUAGAGGGGCAACUGGGACUGCAUAUCCAUUGCUACGUGAGUGGUCCCAAUCUAAUGCUAGACCUUGCUGCUGAGUUAAGAUAUCAUAUAUUCUCCAAGGAAAUGGCUUUGGUACUUGAAGCCAUGUUACAUGGAGAUUCAGUACUACUCAGAGAGCAUCCUGAGCUAAUGGAAGCAUUGGUUUGGGUAUAUUUCCAUUCUAGCUCACCAAAGUACAAUCGCCUGGAGUGUUGGGGGCCACUCAAGGAUGCUGCUAAGGGAAGACAGGGAGAUCAUUUUCAAGCCUUUUUAACUGAAAGCAAGGAUGGUUCAUCUCCUGCCAAAAAAUGGCGAGGACCAAAAUCCAUUUUCCAAGCUAUUUUUGCCUUUCUUCUUUGAAGUGGUUUGCAUAGAAUUUAUAACCUUAAUGGCUGAUUUUCAUGGCCAAAGAGAAAGGAAGGCUGGGCGUACAUAACAGAACCACUUAAAAACCUUAAUGGUGAGACACGGAAGUCAUAAGUUAAAGUUGCAUCAAAACAAUGAUUGUUGGGGGCUUAGUUGAUUCUUUUGCAAAUAACACAUUUGUUUCGAUUUGAAAUAUUAUUCACAAUUCUUGUACAACUGAACAUUUGAUCAUUUUGUUCAUUUGUUUAUCAAUGGCUGUUGUGUUUAUUUUUA